GUUUUGAAGUAUGUAAACUGAUAGAAACCGUUCAAACGAUUCUAUAGUUUUUUCGCGAUGCAAGGUUAUUUAUUUGCCAUUGAAUGUAACAUUGUAAGGCUUUAUCUAACGUUAAUAGACGUCGUUUGGUGUGAGUAAAGCGCAUCUGCGCUGGAGUAACAGAAGAGGCGCGUGUCGUGUCGUGUCGUGUCGCUGCUGUGUCCUGACUCAGUUCAUCACGAACACCAAUUCAGUCUCUUCCGAACAGUGACGGAGAAACAGCGCUGUUUGACACUCCACUGCUGCUGCUCAUUACAGUGAUAAAGUGUCCAAACACACAGAAAAACUCCUGCUGAUCCACGUGACGCACUCUUAAUGAAGAUGUCGUGUAUUAAAGAGGAGAGUGAAGACAUCAGGAUUGAAGAAGUGUUCAGUCUGAAACAAGAAGAUGCUGAGGAACAAACAGAUCUGGUGCUGAAAGAGGAGAAUCAAGAUCCGUAUGAAAUGGGACUGACAGAUCAGUAUGAGAAACCCUAUUAUGGUGAGAAAGCCACACAGAGUAAAACGACUUCUAUAAAAAGAGCUCGGAAAACCAAAUCUAACAGCUCUUUCACCUGUCAUUAUUGUGGGAGGAGUUUCAGUGAAAAACAAAAACUUGAAAUGCACAUGAGAGUUCACACUGGAGAGAGGCCGUACCCCUGCCAACAGUGUGGAAAGAGCUUCACUCAACAAGGAGCCCUUAAAAGACACAUGAGAACCCACACUGGAGAGAAGCCUUACACCUGCCAACAGUGUGGAAAUGGUUUCACUCAAAAAGGACACCUUAAAAAUCACAUGAGAACCCACUCAGGAGAGAAGCCUUACACCUGCCAACAGUGUGGAAACAGUUUCGUACAAAAAGUACACCUUCAAAGACACAUGAGAACUCACUCGGGAGAAAAGCCUUACACUUGCCGUCAAUGUGGAAGGAGUUUUACACAGAAAGGCACCCUUCAAUCCCACAUGACCAUUCACACUGGAGAGAAGCCUUAUACUUGCGAACAAUGUGGAAAGAGUUUCCCUAUAAAACAGAGCCUUACAGUCCACAUGAGAGUUCACACUAAAGAAAAGCCUUACUCCUGCAAGUAUUGUGGGAAGAGUUUCACACAUACAUACACCCGUAAUUACCACAUGAGAAUUCACACUGGACAGCAGCUGUACACAUGUGAUCAUUGUGGGAAGAGCCUUGCAACAGAAUUUAGCCUUAAGUGUCACAUGAGCAUUCACACUGGAAAGAAACCCUUCAAAUGUGAUGAGUGUGGAAGGCGUUUCAUAUAUAAGGUCAGCCUUAAUUACCACAUGAAGACUCAUUCAGCAGAGAAACGCUGGAAAUGUCAUCAGUGCGGGAAGACUUUCGGUCAUAAAGUUAGCCUCAAUGUUCACAUGAAAAAACACAGGAAGCCUGUGGGAAGAGCUUCUCACAAAUAGAAAACUUAAGAUUCACAUGAAAUAUGUCUAUAUUUCACUCAGGGGAGAAAUGUUUUAUAUGCUAUCACUUUGUAAAGUGUUUCACAGUCAAAGAAAAUCUGAACACUCACAAAGGAGUUCACACUGGAGAGAGUCCUUUUACCGGUUUCUGUGUGUUUCUGAAAUGCCAUUCAAGAUCAUUCUGGAAAUAUUGCAGUAGACACUCUUUAAUUUUGAUUGUAUGUAGACAAUGUGCCAGUCCAUAUACUGACAACUUGGAACCAAAAUAUUACAUUUCUGUCUUGCAGUAAAAUGCCACAAUGUACUUAAAUAAUUAUAAAUAAAAUGGUGAACUGAAUUAUUUGAUGCAUCUUUAGUGAGAAAAUGCACAAGUAAACAUUUUCAGUCUAGACUUAAUUAUGGCUAAUCUUGGACAGGGCUG